AACUAGGUUAUGUUUUCCUUUCCUGUGUUUUCAAUUAAUUUACAUUGAAUAAAUAGAUUACAUACUAAAAUACGUUACCUAAAAUGAACUCUAUAAGAAAGCUCUGCUUGGUUACUCCUUUCGCAAGGAAUGCGUCAUCUGCUCCAGCGGAAUUCGUAAACAGAAACCCUAGAAACCUAGAGAGGAUUCGGGUAGCUCGCAAACCUGAUGGAUAUCACUUAGAUAACCCUGGCAGAAAAUUUUGGCACAAAUUGAUUCUCACCUCGAGUAACCGCUCAAUAACAGCACAGUUGGUCCAUUACCUCAACGGUCCUGUUGUUGAAGUAAAAUCCUCUGACUGGGCACUCCAAAAGCAACUUUAUAGCACAAAAGAUAUGUGUGCUUACAUCAGUGUUGGCCAAGUCUUUGCUCAGAGGUGCUUAGAGGCAGGCAUCUCUGAAAUGUACUGUGACAUUGAAGUCACAAAAGGAGGGAAGAUAGAGAGACUUAUCAAAGAGGUUAAGAAUGGGGGCAUCAAGUUGAAAGAGCCUGAAAUUUAUAAGAAGCCUCAUCCUUGGGAUAAACAUAGGCCUGAAAAACCAUGGAAUGUUACUGAAGAGUAGUUUUAAAGUGUAAUUAUUAGUGUAGAAAUAUAUUUGUUAGAUUUAUUGCA